AUGUCCAAUUCGAGGUUCUCACGCAGAAGUGAUGGAGAGGCUAUAACCAUCAACACGGCCUUACCUUCUCCAUUUCAUGAAUCCAAUGCUCCGUGGAGACCUCAACCUCCACCUAGUCGACGCAGUUCGCAGCGUACAUCUAGACAUCAGAGUGUGGAUGGUGAUACAUGGCGGACGUCACAUUUCGUAGACCUGAGCCCAGUCCAGCAGCCACCAAGGAUAGAAGAAAUCGGACCCGACACAUGGAGAACCAGUCAUGAAAUCUCGCGACCAACCUCCGCUGUCUCUGCAAUCGACAUGCCACCUCUCAGAAACAGUCAUCCAAACAGCAACCUCCGCGCCGAAAUGGAACAACUGAGAACCACACCACCAAGUCCACUAAGUCGGGCCUCAAGAACAGAACCACCACGAACAACACCACCAAGUCCUCUAAGCCGGACCUCCAUACUAGAAGAUCACCGCGUCCCCCCAACACCACCACCGAGAAACGCUCGACGUGGAGAAGAUAUCGUGCCUCCAUUAACACCAGUCACCCCUCUCUUCCGCAUGUCCCCUCAGCGUCGCCCCUCCCGCCCAGACAUCCACGACCCAAGUCGUCCGCCCCAUUCCAGACAUAACUCAGAGAACAUCCGCCAUAUUCGUCGCAUCUCAUCUAGUCACGCCCGCAACCUCUCAGAAAGCUACGGGCUCUUGCAAAGUCCCCAAGAUUUCGCGAGCCCGGGAGAAAGAGGAUGGAGAUACGAGUACCCAGCGAGAGAGAAGCGGAAAAUCCCAGCGUGGGCGGGCGUGCCGCAGAGUUUAGAGGCGGAGAAAGGAGAGAGAUGGAGAGCGUGGUUGUGGGAUGGAUUAGCUGUGUUGGUUACGGUGCCGUUUUUUGUGGUUGUGGCGGCGGUUAUGGGGAUGGAUGGGAAGGUGGUUGAGAGUGAGAGAUUGAGGGAGUUAUGUGAUAUCGCUUCAACACUUCUCCCCUUGACAUUCUCACUGCUGGUAGGUAGGUUGUUUGUUAAAUUGGCGAGCUAUCAUCUGGAACAGGGUACCACGCUUGGAUUAUUAGAACGCCUGAUUGGAUCUCGAACGGUGUUUUCGACGAUUGAGACGCAGCUUCGAUUUGGUGUCUUUUCGUUCCUUUCAUUGGGACUUGUGGGAUUAUGGCUAUUAAGCCCAUUUGGAUCACAAGCUUCUUUGCGAAUGCUUUCCACUGCUUUAGUAUCGCAGGAACAAAAUUCAAAUGUCACGUUUUUCAAUACCUGGCAACCGACUUUUGCGGGCAAGACGGAAUUCGAAAGUGGUUGGUUUGCGAGUUUCGCCACAUUAUUCUCAGCAGCCAUCCUUGCGCCUGUGGUUGUAAAGACAGGAACGCAAGAUUUAUGGGGGAAUGUUAAAAUUCCGCUCUUGUCUUCGCUCUCGAAUCUAUCUCCUGAUAAAGAUGGAUAUCAUCAUAUCCCGGAAACAUUUACACCGACAUACUCUUCCCUAUUCGGCAUUCCUACCUCAGAUAUACCAGUAGGAAAUAUCACAUUCAGUAUUGAAUCAACGUAUCUCGAGUUAGUAUGUUCGAACAUCACCACCUCUCCCGCUCGAGAUUCAAGGACAUUCAUAAAUCCCGGUCUCAUAGCAACAACCGGGCCUUUUAGGUCUGGGCUCAAUAUUACAGAUCGAACGAGCUAUGCUAUGGGAUAUCUAGGUCAGGACAUGACUGCCUUCCUUCAAGAUCAAGCUGUUGGGGGAGAGGUAUGUUUAGAUUGCAUAGGCAACAACUACACUUCCUCGAAGCAGAUCCCAGGAUUAUUUCUAUGGCAGGACUUCAGCGGCGAGACGAACGUCACGUCUAUCUUUUGCGUGCCGAGUCAAGCUUAUGUGGAAAGUAAGGUUGUUUGCAACACAACUUCCACGACGAGAUCUUGUCGAGUAGCAGCGCAACGACAAAGCAUAUUGGCUGCAAACCCGAGUGCCCUGACAUUAUUGGGCUUCCAAUCUGUGACGGAUGGGUUGUCGAGAUUGUUACCGCAAAGUGUAAGGAUGAUGGACGGCGUAGAUACUUUACUCAAUUAUCUGGUUUCGCCAAACGAUGAUACGUUCAUCCAGCAGACGAAGACACCACGAUCAAUCGCCAAUACCACAGGUGUCGCUAGUGGUACAGACGCUAGGGUCCUUGGUGUUGAACUGCAAGACUUCUCAACUCGGCUAAGCCAGAUUGUGAAUACGUUCUUGGAAGGCAGUCUGUUGGAUUUCCCAAGUUUCGUCACGGGAAAGGAGAUGCCAUCCGCGGAAGCAGCUACAAGCCCGGAAGUUCUCCUUGCGGCAAUACGGAAUCGAAAGCCGAGUAUCACUGUUCCAGCAACCAUCACAAGUUUCGUCUUGACAUACGUCUGUGUUUGGGCAUGGGCAGCGAUAUUCAUCCUUGCGACCGCGAUGAUGUUGAUUGCUGUGAUAGUGACAGUCAUCAUCCGUCGCAAGACGCUCGCUAGAGACUACCUUCCGUAUGUCUCAAGUCUUGUCAGGGAAAGUCAGUUUGUCACGAUGCCGAGAGGAGGAGUUAGGAUGGAUGGGAUGACUAGGGCGAAAGAGAUGAGGGAUUUAAAGGUUAGACUAGGGGACGUGGGGGAUGUUGGGGCUGGGUGGGAGAUCGGUACUGGGGUUGCCGUGAGUGUAGGUCAACUUGCAGUUGCCGACUGGGGUGGAGUCAAGGGCGAGAAGGGCGGAGUUGUGAAGGGUAAGUUGUAUAUGUGA